AUAUGUUUCAACCAUCUGCUGAUUGAUUUAGGGCUUCACGCAGUGAUGGGAUGAACGGUUAUAUAUCUCCUUGCUUUGGCGAUACUCACCCUCCCAUAUUCAGGUCUCCAGUUGCGGGCAUGGAAGAUAUAUUGGCCAAUGAAGUCAUAUGUGUCAUAUAUAGGCUUCCGGAUGCGCAUAAACACAUCACAUAUCCUCCUCCUGGUGUGAUAUUCCCUGAAAAGAUUGUGCAGCUGAGGGAUUUGAAACCUGAACCUGUUCUGUGGCAUGAGGAUUCUGGGAGAAGACCGUGGGAAAGUGGAAGGCAUAAUGCUCCCGAAAGCAUAUCUGGGCGGCAGCUUGGGGAGGCAUCGCAUCGACUCAUUGUUAAUAGCUUACAGAUGAAGGUCGAUCACAACAGAUUUGGCAAUAAUAUCCAUGCUCCACCUGCAUACAAUGUAGCACCUCAUGUCCAAGCACGCUGGUCGAAUUCAAGUUAUGGGUUCCGCAAUCAGGGUCAUAAUGGAAUGGUGCCACCUGGACCGGACCAUUGUGAUUUUGGAACACCACACAGUUCAAAUGCUGUUAUGCGAACUCCUUAUGUCCAUGGUUAUGGUCAACCUCAUAGUUCAUUAGCUGUGCACUCCCAUACAGCAUCUUAUCCUCAAUACCAGAGAAAUGACCGUUCAGCUGGCAAUACUGGCGGAGAGUAUCCAAGGCCUGCUAAUUACCUGCCAGGAUCUCAACAUAAUAGCGGACCAAUGCACUUGCACAGGCCUACACCACAAAUGCCAAGUAAUGUUAUUGACUAUCCUCGUCAGGGUGAUUAUGUUGGCCACCAAAAUUAUGAAUCACCAAGAACUGAUAGUUAUCAGCAAUUAGGAGGUAUGUUGCCUCCACCAGCCAACCAGAGCAGUUCUCGAGGAUAUGGCCACCAUGGGCAGCAGAGGACAGUGAAUAAAAGCAUUCCAAGAGGUUAUGACCAUCAUCAUGAUAGUAAUAAUAGACAACAAAGAGGGAACCAACACCAAAGUGGUAAUCCACGAGACAACCAAUACUCUGUGUUAAGACACAGAAACAAAUAGGUCACUGAUGUCCGCACGGUAAGGUAGCCGAUAAUAGCCAUAUUUUUCUCCUUAUCGUAUGUUGUACCACAUUUGUUUUCAUUGAUUUCCUGGCUUGAGUGUAACCUACGUUUCUGGGUUUCCUUAUUAUUGUUAUUUCUUCCAUUUUAACCCUUUUCCCCAGCAGUGUAAUAAUAUUGUAUUUUCAUCCGUAUCAAAGGCUGUGGCCGCACUGCCCGAGAGAAAUUGUAGGGUCACAGUUUGACUUCUUUGUUUUUUACAUAAAGGUGAAUGGCAUCCAAUAGAAGUAACGAAAAUUCGUAAGGCA